AUGGAAUUAGGUGACAUUCUAUUCGAACUACUGUCCGAGGCUAUUGUCCUUGAACCAAACCACCUCAAAGAUAUGUGUUGUACCAAGGGGCUUUUUGCAUUAGGUCAUUAUUAUCCAGCAUGUCCACAACCCGAAAUUACUCCAGGCACCAGUAAAAAUGCUGACAGCGACUUCCUCACCGUGCUUCUCCAAGACAACAUAGGCGGUCUUCAAGUCUUACAUCAGAACCAUUGGCUUAUAUCAAAUGACAAAUUCAAAAGUGUUGAACGUAGAGUACUAGCAAAUAAGAUAGGUCCAAGGGUAUCAAUGGCGUGCUUCUUCACGACAGGCUUACUACCAACACAAAAACUGUAUGGACCUAUCGAGGAGUUGAUAUCUGAUCACAAUCUUCCAAAGUACAGGGAAACGACUGUUAAGGAGUACUCUUCUUUUGCUGCAUUUUAG